AGAUACACACAGCAAUUGAUGGUCGUAUACUCACUCACUCUUUCUCUAUCCUCUACUCGGCGUCGUCUCGUUGAGUUGAGUUCAAAAUGGUCGACCCAAACUCCACCCACAGGAGAGUUUGGUGAAUUUGCUUUUGGUCUUGAGCAGUCCUUUGCUAGUUGGCUCGGCAGAAGCAUCAUCAUCAUCACGAACGUGACGAGGAGAGCGAAGCAGCAGCGAAUGGAAUUGCCCUCCAAAACUACAAACUAUAAGGCAAGCCAAACAGGCAGUGUAGUAGGUUCAAAAAAUAAACAAUAAGUUAAGUGAAAAUAAAUUACUUGCAUUCAUUUUAACUCGUACUCCUCCUCCCCUUGCAUCAUGCACACAUCUAAAUAUUUGAUUCCUCAUCUCCUGUGAGAGUUUAUCGAGAAAAUUUGUGGAUCUCUUUUUCGGGAGGAAUUCUUUCAUCCACAAGCAGAUCCAAACAACCAAUCCACCCACAUUCUCUUGGAGAAUUGUUGUUAUCUGUGUGUAUGUAUGUGUGUGUGUGUGCAGUUAGUUUAGGCGAUGGUCUGGUGUAAAUUUAUCCGUUUUCGGAAGGAGCAGGAGCAGCACUAUGCAAAACCAAGCAAAAAGUUUCUCUGGGAAAGGAAGUGAAGUUGUGUGUUAUGAAAAGGAUCGCCAACUAAGGAUUUAGUCAAGUUAAUAUCGGAGAGGAGAGAAGCUACUUAAAAUACGUGCAGUUUUAUGUGCUUGUUAUGGUUGGAAAAUAUAAAGUACUAGUGAAAUCUACUCGUAUAACAUGAGAUAGGACAUAGAAAGGAGAAAUAAAGAAAAUAAAUGCAAUGGUAUGUUGUUGGACAAAAGAUGAAUUAAAGUUGCAAGAUAAUGGUCAGAGAAACCAUUUGUGGAUCGUAAGGGUCAAUGUUGGAUAUAUUUGGGAUGCUUCCGACCGGUCAUACCAAUAUCUCAACGUUUUCUUGGAUGGAGCAAAGACCUAAUCGUCAUUUAUGGAUCGGCAAUUUAUGUGAAAAUGUUCGAGAGGAAGAGAUCCGAGAUCUGUUCCAAAGACAUGGUCGUAUUCAAAGCGUCAAAUUACUGGAGGAAGUCAACUCGAACAAUGGUGGUCGACCCGGAAAAAGUGCAACCAUAGCAUUUAUAGAUAUCCGCUCGGCAUCCAAAGCUCUGAGAAAUGUCCGAACCGUGGCUGGCCAACCCAUCCACAUCUCUUACUAUGAACCUGGUUCAGCUCCACCUCCGUCCUUUCCUCCUCACAAUUCUCACGGGGAAGCCUCCGUGAAUUCUUCCGAAACUCUAGUUUCACCGUCUCAGGGAAACCCCAGUUCAAACGCCACGACAAACAAUAAUGUAGUGGUCACUAACAAUUGCAUUCCAAGCACUCCAGGACCAGGGAUGUAUCGUCAACAAAGGUUUUCCGGCGGCCUUCAUGGGCAAUCGGAAGACUCUUCUAGUCAUUUUUACGAUCAACCUAAAAGCUUUCGUGGUGGUAGAGGUGAUGAAGGUUUUCACGGCAGUCGUGGCCGUCGCGAAAACCGGCCUCCAUUUCACAGUAGGCACUCAUUCCCUGCAGACAACAGAAAUUAUCGUUCCCAAUGGAAUUACCAUCAUCCGGAAGGACGGUAUGCCCCACCUGUUCAUGCCGACGAAGAAAGACCUUCAAUUCCGUCCCCAGUUGUUCAUACUCCUCCAAGCGAAUCUGGUCCAAACAAACCUCCACGCCGAGCAGAAUCGCCUGCUAGUUCCGUUUCUUCCCGUCAUCUGAUCUCAAAACGUCGCAGAUCGAGGUCCGUUAGUAAUUCAGGCAGUUCCGAUCGAGGGAGUAGCGUGGGUUCAAGAUCGCGUUCGGGAUCUCGUUCCAGUGUUUCUACCAGUGUCAGCUCCAGUCGUUCCAGAUCUCCUUCUCAUCAUGGAAAUUUUCCACGAAGCACUGGAUCCAAUAAUAAUAAUACCACUGAUCGGUUUCACCACAGCAGUCACUCUCGUCACCGGUACAGUCGUUCGCGGGUGUUGACGACGACACGGGCAUCAGACUCCCGAGUUCGUCAUAAUUCCAGAUCUCCUCUGGCGGCGAGUCCGUCGUCUUCCACAUCUUCAUCACCCUCUCCUCAUCGAAAGAUAUCCGCGACUCAUUCUCCAUCUCACUCACCCUCAUCAUCCAAAUCGUACUCCCCAAGUAGAAAUGCUGGUGGGUCACAACAUCACAACAACCAUCAUCAUCACCGGAGAGCGAGUAGUGUGGAAUUGCUCGCAGCCAUCAAAAUUAGGAAUUUGCCUAUUAGGUCAUCCGAUACAUCCUUGAAAGAUGGCCUGUAUCAUGAGUACAAAAAGCAUGGAAAAGUGGCGUGGGUUCGAGUUAAUGGCACUGGACCAGAUAGAUUUGCCAUAGUUUGUUUCAAGUCAGCGGAACAUGCAACUAGAGCUGUAUCGGUUUCACAAGGAAAGUUGUUUUUUGGUUGUAAGAUCCAAGUGACCCCAUAUAAACAUGCAAAAGGCGAGGAUAUCAUAGGGGGACAAGAUGAAGAAAAUAGAUUACUGGUGGAGGAUGAACCGACAAGUGUGGGAUAUCCUACUCGAACCGUUCUCAUUACCGGUCUAGAUGCAACGGUGACAUCAGCCGAGUUACAAGCCGUAUUUGACCAAUAUGGGGAUAUUGUACGACUCGACAUUAGGAAGCAGGGAACAGCUACGCAUGCUGUUUGUGAGUUUGUGGACAUUGCCUCAGCAAUUAGAGCACAAUGGGGGCGGCAUGUGUUCAAAUCCAAAGAAGCUCGCAUUUCGUUUUUUCGAAACCCUCCAUCCAAUGCCCUAAUACUGGACGGCACGGCUGGUGUAAAUGAAAAACAAGUUUAUGGUCAGUGCUGUCAGUAUGGUGCUAUAAAGGAAAUUGUUAUGGACCCUGAAAGGGUCCUUGCUGUAGUACAGUUCCAAGAGAUCUCAGAAGCUCAAACGGCGAUACGUCAGCUUCGAAGUUGGGUUAUUAAAGGGAAACGACUCCAAGUUGAUUUUGCCUCGAAUGAUGUCAUAAGGAGGGUUGUACAAAGGGUUACCGGUGUUACUCCAAGUCCCGCUGGUAAUUCAUCCCCUGGAUUAAUUAGCUCCCCAUCAAUCGGGAAUUCCGUAAUCCCAUUACAUGACACAAUCAACAUUGGGAGAAAAAUGAGCAAACAAGAGGAAGAGGACGACGACGACAAUGACGGGAUUUACAACAUUCCGGAGGAUUCUGAUUCCUACAUACGAGUUUCAAAGACUGACCGAAAUCUACGCCGUAUUGUUCCAUCAUCAAAGUCUCAGCUGGCUUCAAUUAAUUCAGAGAUGGACGGCACUGUUGGAUAUGCCAGCGAUAGAGCACCUUACAGUAUACGGCCGUACACGAGUCCUGUCAGUCCUGACGCUGAUCACUCCUCCUCUCUUGCAGGACAACAGGCACCCAAUUCUUCUGUUAGAAGUAGUAAUUCGACAAGCAAGAUUGACUUUAAUUGUCACGAAACAGAUUCUGCAGUCGUUACUUCAUCCUCUGAUAUUGUUGUCGGAGAUAAGAGUGAAGUCCAUUCAAACUCGGGAAUGAAUUUUGAUGACAAAUUAGGUUACACUGAGUCAGAAGUUCAUGGAUCCUUGGACACUUCUCAUGGAGCCCUUACUUUUGUUGAUGGUGUGUCCUCCACCUCACCUGAGCCAAAACCAGAAACCGUCCGUAAAGCAUCACCAGACUCGGCUGUCUCACAUUCAAUUUCUAGUAGAUCCUCAUCCAUUGAGAGUCGGUCAUUUUUUAAAGGAGUUGUUGAUCCAAGAAGACAACCGAAUAAUUUAAAAAUCCGUCGAUCUUCCGCAGAUUCUGGCAAUAAUGUCGGAACAGUGUCGUCGUAUAUGCACAGCACGUCAUCCUCAAUUACAAACACUACAAGCCAUCCGCCAGCGUCUACAACAGAUAAUAAUACACAGGUUGUCGAUGAAGAGAGCGAUGAUCGUCCUGGAACUCCGUUGUGUGAUGAAAACCCCGAAAGUUUUAGCUCUUCUUCAGAAGUUCCCGCCGUGACACCUUCUUCAAAGUCUUUGUCAUUUACCCUCAACACAAAGAUGGAUCCUAUAAGUUUGCCCUUGCCCGAGUUUGCACUCCAAUCUCAAAGACACCGAACAAAUAGUAACACUAGUAGUUCCAAAGAGUUUCCUUCGUCUUCCGUCAGAGUUGAUCGGUGUUCCAUUGAAUCUGAUUCUAACAAAAGCCCAGUCAUGUCGCCAUCGCUCCAUGUGACAAACAGUCCGACAGAAAUAGAAGUCGAUACGGCGUCGUCAUUGGUUUCGAUGGAUGAAGCUACGGUGUCGCCUACAACAUCUAAUUCAGUUUGGAAGGACGAAUCUGAUCAAAUAACAUCACCGAAUGUCCCUGGUGGACAUUCAAAUGAUUCGCCCCCAACCUGUGAGGAGUCACCUUUGCAUGAGUUUGAAGAAAAACAUUUAUCAGCAAACUCUGUACCAGAUAGUGCAUCGCUUAAUCAAGACAAAAUUAUUGGAUCUCCAGAGUCGGACGAUACUGGAAUGUCACCAAAAAAUUCACCGACCGACAGUGUUUCUUUAGAGCAAAGAAUUUUAAAGUGUUGUGAAACGUAUGACCGUUUUAACGGUGGAAAAGCAUUAACAUCGGAAUCGUCGGAUGUGUUUAAUGAUUCCUCACCAGCCUGCGUUAUUUCACACACAUUAAAAUCUGGCUCUUCAACCGAUUCGUCUUCUGAUUCUCCUAGUUCUCGUUUUAAAUUUUUGGACUGGACCGAGUUAAUGCAAAGACCAUCAGAUAUUGGCAAAUCUGUAUUGGCAAGAAAAUCAGUUUUUGAUGAGGACUCCAAAAGGCUCGAGAAUUUCGAAGAAAAAUAUGAAGCAAAGGGCUCAAGUACGCCAACAUCGAGUACAACGUGGAGAGCUAUUGCUUUACAGCGAUCAUUGUCAGUGUCGUCGUCAAGUAGCUCAAACAACUGGCACUUUCCACAUACUCCGGUGCCUGGUGCUUCAUCUUCAUCAUCCCCUUCAAAUUCCCAUCCGAUUCACAUACCCGCAUCGCUUGUUGGAACGACGACGACGAGUUCCAUACGAUCUCACGAUCGUGUUUCAGUGAUUCCAACAAGUUUAAACAACUUUAACCCUAAACUAACUCCAUCAUUAUCAGCAUCAGUCUUUCAAUCCUCAGCCCAACCCAAACCUAAAGAUCUCCACACUCUGUCCAGUAGCAGCAUUACUUCUUCUAAACCAGUCAAAUUGGAAGCCGUGCCCACGACAAAAAGUCACCCUCCAUCAUCUCCACAUAUAACAUCACAGCCCUCGUUACAAACAACGACGGUCCCUCAUAAACUUACAUUUCCUAAGGCCAAUAUUGAGCCACCUAAAUCCCCAAGUGCAAAAACUAGUGAUGUUAAAGAUGCAAACGAAAGAUGCCAAGCUGUUAUUAAUUCGUCUAUCCCCCCGAUAACAUCUGUGACCCCACUUGCACAUGUGACGUUACGUGAGGAAGUUUCGAGUUUGGAAAAAGCGAGUUCAGCAGUUUUUUCUUCUCCGCUUACCAUCCCCCGAUCAGUUGAGAGGUCCAUUAGCCUAGAUUCUAACAAAAAGGUGACGACCAACAACCCAAGAUCUUGGGGUCAAGCCCCCAUUGUCACUACACUUGCAGUAAGUGACAAUGAGUCGUCCAAGGGUGCCCAUCGUAGGUCAAGUAUAGAUUCCUCUUCUUCCUUGACUCCAAAGUCAAAAUCAUUAUUGCAAUCGGGAGAAACAAGUGGAUUAAGUUCAACCAAGGUGAAAUCUGAGGUGUUCACUACUUGUUCAGUGUCCACUUCUUCUUUGAGCUCAACAGCAAGUCUUGUAACAACAGACAAUAAGAUAUCCAAAGAGUUGCACAAACCAGAUUUGGAGUUGUUGAAACGGGAUAUCUCCGGGAUCAGACCUAUUCACCAGGAAACAACAGUAGGUGUAGUUGCAGCCGAGCAGAUAACGUUCAUUCCCUCACGGUCUGACUCUGUUAGUUCUACUAGCACAAGAGAUUCGUCGUCCAGAAAGGAAAAGGAGAAAAAGAGGAGGUCGAGUGGAACGUCCCCUCCCGUCUCGUCAUUGCCCCCACCAUCAAAUACUUUAUUGCAUGUGACACGGCCCGAGACCCUUCAGCCAACUACGACGCCUCAUCAGGCUUCUUCCAGAGACAAUAUUUCAUCCGUAAAAAAGGUGGAUGACAAGAAGGAAAAGAAGGAUCGUGGUAGUGAAAGUAAACUUUCUAGUGGUAAUACUUCUACUUCCACUACAAACGCUGAACAAUUAGACAAGGACGAUGGGUCAAGAAAAUCCGGAGACAAUAACAAGGACAAAGACAAGCGCGACUGCAAGAAAGAGAAACAUAGUAGUCAUAAAGAUAGUACUACGGAACACUCCCGGUCAUCAUUGAACGAAUCAUCCCAUCAUCAUCAUCGCCGAGACAAAGAACCAUCCACAUCAACCAAACGCAAGCGAGACAAUAGUGGAAAUGAAGGUGAACGAGAAAUGGAACAAAAGAAAGGUAAAUUGGAAAAGGAAGUUGUUCACGAUGUAACGCUUCAUAGAUUGAAGGCAGCAUCAACAAAUGAAAGACGGGAGUCAAGAGACUCGAGCAGCUCCAACAAAGACAGACACAAGGAAACCAGCAGUAAGGAUGGUAGCUCUCGUGCAUCAUCAUCGUCAAUUAGUCUGCCAGCAGAGGUUGCCUUGAAAGAUAAUAAAAAAGAGGACUCAAAAACAAAGGAAAAUCAUUAUCGAUCUUCCAAGGAAAAGUCCAGCAACUCCAAAGAUAGACAUUAUGACAAAACGAGAACGUCUUCAGAAAACCGAUCCUCAGUUCAUCAACCUUCCAAAUCAGAUUAUUCUAGCAACAAAGACAAGGACAGAUCGAAAAAGGAUAGAGGUGUCAGUCCUGGGAAAGAAAAUGUUAAAGGCUCCUCCAGUUCUAGUAGUAGACAUCAUACACACAGCAGUAGUAGUCAUCGUAGCAGUACCAGUAGCAAAAAAGAAAGUACAAGCAGCACUAGUAGCAAACCAAGCACUGGCCAUGAUGAUAAGAUUAAAAGAUCUCAUACUGAUAAACACAACAACUCGAUCGAUUCAGAUUCAUGCUGUGAAUACAAUUCUACUACUACAACUGCAAAAUGCGAAAACUCUGAUUCACAAUCUCGAUCAAAAUGUUCUAAAUCACAGUCAAAAUCGUCCCGAUCAGACAAAAGUAGAGAUUCUAAUGAGAAAUGGGAGAGACAUCGCUCUGGAGAUUCCACCACCCACGCUUCCACCAGUGGAGCAGGUGGGGACAGUGAUAGGAAGAAGAACAGAGAUCAAAAGAAGAAAAAGAAAUUUGUUGUGGAAGAAACGGACUCCGAUUCUGAUUCAGAUGAUGAAGACAAGAAAAAACAUCACUCCAUCUUUGAAGUUGUUAUCGAUGAAUAUGUGUCCAUGUAUGACAAAGUGAAAGCACGUUCCAAUCGGGCAUGCAAAGCUCAACCUCAUCAACCUCAAGUAGUAGAUGAAGUCAAGAAAAAGGAGGAUAAGAUCAAAGACCAAUUCCGGGCGUUAAAACAAUCACGGGCCAAGAAAAUUGAAAAGAAGCGAUCCACCUCAGUUGACGAGAGUAAUAAAUCCGGAGUUCACACAUCCUCAGACGAAGAGACACUUCGAAUGCCUUCAACUGAUGCGUCUACUCAUGUUCACUCUGAAUUGUCUCAUGACAUUAACAGAGAACACAAUUUACGUCACACUUCAGAUGAGGAGGAGCAGGAGGAUGAGGAUGAAGACACGCACAAUGAAAGCUCGAGGUCAAAGUCUUCUAAGAAAAUGAAAUCAAAGAAAAAGAGCUCGAUGGAAAAGCUCCUUAAGAGGAGAGGGAAGAAACUGGGCAAGUCACCACCCAAGUCAUAUCAAAGAUCUAUGGAAUCAGUCUUUACGAACUCAGAGUGUGAGUCCAAUGCCAGUUCGCAUACUGCAGAACCUCAAAGAAAAAAGAAAAAGAUUACCACUUCCAAGUUGUCAUUUCCAGACGUUAAUGUUUCACAGGAAUUAAAAUCAUCAGGUGACAGCAUGUCCGACUCUGGUUCAGCAAUAGACGAAUCCCCGAAACAUAAUAAAAAAGUGGACACUGUCAAACCACUCGGCAAGUUGCAAACCAUUGAUGUGUAUUCAUCAGAUUCAGAUAGCAGUGUCCAAAGUGGGCCUAUCAGACGCCCAACACCACCAGUUAUAAAAUCAUCUAGUGGUAAAUCCAAAAGUAAGGAGAAGCUAAGCAAGCAAAAAAGCAUGAAAAAGUCUUUAUUUUCGUCGGAUUCUUCUGAAGAAGAUAAACGACCACCACCACCUCCUCCUCCUCCUGCUCACGACGUUACUAGAAAGGACAAAAAAGAAGCACAGCGUUCAAAAAGUAGAGAACGGGGGGAAAGUAAUAAAAGUAGCCACAAGAAACAUCGAGGUCAUUCUUCAGUUUCAAAAUCCGGAAAAUCUGGAAAGAAUCGUGUGGGUAGUGGGGAUGGCAGUGUUGAAAUUGAUAGUGCAAGUCUUCCUAUUAUUGGAAAACGGGAAUCAACAUCUACAAUGAAAGACAUCUUAUUCGGACCGAUGUCAGCAAGUUCUGGAUCUGAAAAUGAAGACCAAGUCCUCCACUCGUCUGAUCAUGCACCACCAGCACGACCUAAAACACCUACAAUUGCUGCACACGAGUCCCCACCAAGGAAAAUGAGUGACAUCAUUGUGCAUUCUCCAAGAAAAACUAAACCCAUACCUCCAGCUGACGAGAGGAAAUAUCCUAGAUCCAUAUCCCCAUGUAGUAGCUCAUUGGACCUUCAGACUGGGCUUCAGACAUCUGACAAUUUGGAUUUGGAAAAACUAGAUUCAAAAUUGCCUCCUGAAAAGAAUAAUUCUGAAAGGAGGCACAGGAGACAUCACAAAGACAAAAAAUCAAAGAGGACCGAUAGCGACGAGCAACAUCAUUCAAAUACUAAAAAUUAUUCAAAAUCGGGGACCUCAUCGGAAACUUCCAGCGUCAACACGAAGCCUGAUCUGGAUUCGCUGUUCAACUCGCCCAGAGUCUCUCCUUGCAAAGAAUAUAUGUCGCCUCGUAUUAAGCAGGAAUCCAUUUCCGAAACGCCUUCUACCCAAUUUCUGGAAAAUCAAAUAGCAACUUCAUCUCCAAUUAAGAACAACUUUGAGUCUUUGAGCGUAACCGGUGAAGUAACUAGGAGCAUGUUUUCAUCAGAUGAAGAUGAUGACGAUGAUAAGCUAAAAAUCGACAUCAACGAAGCCAUUAUCGCAUCAUCAGACGAACCCGGCAUGGAUAUUAGGGAUAACUUGAUCUCUAAUGACAAACGAAUACGAGAAGAGUUGUUUGAACAGGACAAAGCUAUCGAAAGUAUUGUACUGUUGGAUCGCAAAUCACCACCCGUCACAUGUCCUGUACCAGACGAUGAUCCCGUAAAAUAUGAUCCGAAAGACGGAACGGCAAUUUCUCAGGAGGAAACUGAAGAUGCCGUUGCUGCUCUUUUAGAAACAUUGGAAGGAGAUGAUAGCAUAGAGGAAACUGGGCCCAUUAAACAGCCUUCGGCCGUAGUGACGACGGCAACUUCGACUUCUGUUGUCACUCCAUCUGUUAGCUCACCUCCCACGCUGAGAAUAAUCGAAGAACAAGCACCUCCCUUUGUUUCAACAAGUGAGGUUAAUGUUCUUGCACCUCCUUCUGUUGAAAAUAAACAAAGAAUUACUUCACCUAUUGCUUGGUCAAGUUUGGAACAUCCCCCGUCAUUAGCGUCAAUGUCGAUUGACAAUAACAAAGGCGAGAAACCAAACAUUCAAACCACCCCAGAAGCCAUUGUUUCUCGCAAGUCUUCCCUUGAUUCAAUAAGCGGUAACACAGAAGAGGUGAAAAUAAUUAGUCAAGAGUUGCCAUCACCGUCAGUUCCUUUGCGAAGAACAUCGUGUUCCACUAAAUCUAGGCAAGGAUCUUCAGAACGGGACAAUGAUGAAAAUAAUGAGAAUUCGUCGGCAGAUAUUUACGAGUUUCAUGAUUCGGACGAUGAAACGAGUGAUAAGAAAAAGGGACUGGUGCCACAUGCUAAGCUGUCCCCCAUCACUGUGUUGGAUUUGGCAAUUAAAUCGCCUCUGUCGUCGCCACCUGUAACUGUCACAAAUUCAGAAGCCAAAUCACCUUUGGUUAGCCCGAAUAGCACUUCUGCUGCUGUUGGUGGACACAGUCCAGCCCUUCCGUCACUGUCAGUGACUACUGAUCAGCAACAAAUUAAUGUCGCAUCAUCAUCAUCAGUAGUUGUCCCACCGCCACCAACUGUAGCACCACCAACGGUUAUAACACCCAAGCCAUUCACUCCAAUUACUCCCGUCAGUGCAGAUCCAUUUAUGAUCAGACCAACAAUUAUGACUCCACCCUUGGCAUCCGGGUCUAAAACACCACCUGCGCCUUGUCCACUACCACCUCCGAUCAGAAACAAAGUGGAUGACACCAUUGAGCAUGUUAUUCGAAUGGCUGUACAAAGUGAAGACGCUUUCUUCUGUGCCCCUCCUGUUUCUUCUGCUGACAAUGUGGUCACCAUUACUAGCAUUAAGGCAACUGCAAGAGGAAGAUCCAGGAGCAGGGACUCUGGAACUGAGGAGACCAGCAACAGUAGUAGUAAUGGUGGUAGUGGUCCAGUUUCCAUCACCAGGGUAUCACAUCGCCCAGAAACGGUGAUAUCUACCACCCCACCACAUUUACCUUCAACGUCACCAUCGAGUGUUGUGAGCACGGGUCCUACUUCGGCUCAUCAUCACCCUGCUGUUGAUACUCCGGCUCAAGUUAUCAAAUGUGAAAUAGAAGCUGGUCAAUUGUUGAAAGAUGAUGCAACUGAGACUUUAAUUGAUCCCCAAACAGGAAUCCUGAUGCCAAUGAUACGUCAAUCAGAGGAAGGUCAGUAUGUCCCAAUUCUUGGCCAGGAGUCAUCAAACCUUGGUGGUUUGCCCAAAGUCCAACAACCACAAUUUUCAGUCCCUUGUUUCCAAAAGGAGCACGAUGUAAUUGUGCCCAAAUCGGAAGAAAAGCCUCAGAUUGUAAAUCCACCAUCAAAUAUUCAAAAGAGCGAGGGUCUAGCUGCGACCAUGUUUUCGCAUCCUCAAGUGUUCCAGAUGCCUGGACAAAAUCAGUAUGUUAUUCCUCAAAAUGUGGCAGGAGCAAAAGUAAUUCCACACCAACCACGAUUUCAAUCUGUGAUGCCGGGACAUCGGUUAGCACUGCCUCCUGAAUCUUCGGCAGCAACAAUUUAUAUGACUAAACCCCCCACUCAAUACACUGGUCCUAAUAAUUUGCCCCAAAUUCCGACUCAUACUGGAAUGCGAAUGCCUAGCAGUAGCAACAACAAUAACAAUAACAGCACUGGUCGUUCUUCUCAAGAAUUUGGACACAAGGGAGUUUCGCAUGAUUCGAUUCCUGUGUCAAUAUCACAUUUGGGUGCAGGUCCAAUGAUUCGUGCCAUUUUCCCACCUGGUGUCCCACAGUUGUUGCAAUCGGGACAGUAUCAAUACGCUGUCAUAAGUAAAGCGGAACUUCCACCUACACAGUCAUCUAGGCUUCAAGGAUCAAACCUACACCAACAACAACAAAUACCACCCAUGAUGCAAAACAUUGCCAAGUAUGGGGCCCCGAACGUAUCCCACGGACAAGGAGAAAUCAAAAACUUUCAAAUUCCCAGUGCCACAACUAUUACAAAAGUCAACACCGGUCAGGAGGAAGCUAUGCAACGAAAAAACAUUAUAAUGACUUCACAACCUUCAAUCAUGCUCUCAUCACCUGUAACUUCGUUGAGAAGUGUGUCACCCAAUGUCAUGAAUGCAAAAACAUACAUGUCUGCUACGCCUUCCAUGUCAAUGACACGUCAACAGCAACAACAGCAUCAUGCCCAAACAGAGCUGUUCCAUAAAAGUGCGGAAGGACUGAUUCGCGUUGCGCCAAAGGAUGAACAACAAAUUCAUGGGGUUAAAAAUAUGCAUUCGGUACCCCAAGAGAUUGUACAACCUCCUCGUGUUGAAAUUAAUGUUAAUGCACAUGCAGUGGCUUCUGCCCAAAGUCCAAAAGGAAGAAUUACUGGCCAUGAUCAGUACCAGUCUAUGUCGAGCAGCAUGCCACAAUAUACAUUAAAAUCGGGUGAAGUCCGAAUUUUACCUACACCAAAUACCUCAAUUCCUGACCAUCAUCACCUGUCGUUUAUUCAGCAACGUGAAUACACUAAUUACAAUGCGGGUUCGCCACCUACGUCUUCACAUGGCCCAAUAAUGAGAUCUGGAGGCGUCGGAGGAAUGCCAGAGAAAACGGAUUUCAACAAACUCAAUCCGAUGAUGGCUGCCCAUGAAAGAAAUAGAAUGGCUGCUCAGCAGAAUAUGCAACACUCAAUGUCACCACAUUCAAUGGAACAGAGAAAUUCUGAAUCACCAGUUGUGAGUUCCAUGUACGCCCCUUCUGUCCAUGGGAAACAACCCAUGUAUCAGCCUCCCACUCCUGCACAUCAGCUACAAGGAGUUCCGAGACAAGACAAUUUCAAAAAUGUUUACGCAGAUCAAAUGGAAAGACAGCAACAUGCAAACUCUCCGUCUUACCCACCAUCAUUUGACCCUCGAGUCGGAGUUCCUAAUAUGGUUCCUCCUGAUCGUGAGAGAGUUUUGUCACCAUAUUCAAUCCGAGAGGGUGUCCUACAGCAACGAGCACCAUAUAGUCCACCCCCUGCGCAUGGAAGAUAUUCUAUCCCUCCCUCCCAGGGCGCAGAAGGUCACAACAAUGAAAGACAACAGCGCAUUAUGAAUGCGCAAACACCUCCUCAUAUGAUUAGCCAAGUUCCUCCUCAAGGAGACACUCUGCUGAUGUUACUUCAGCGAUACCCAAUCAUGUGGCAAGGCUUAUUAACUCUUAAAAAUGACAAUGCGGCCUGCCAAAUGCACUUUGUAUCUGGAAAUCUGGAUGUUGCUCGAGAAUCUUUGCCCGCAAAUCCUGAUGGUUCUGUCCCUCCGUUGCGAAUAUCCCAGAGGAUGAGAUUGGAAGAAGCACAGCUACAAGGAGUUGCAACAAAGAUGCAGAUGGAACCAGAGCAUUGUAUCUUGUUGGCGUUACCUUGUGGUCGUGACCAGGUGGAUGUUUUACAACAGAGCAACAACCUUAGACAUGGAUUUAUUACUUACCUGCAAUUGAAGCAAGCCGCUGGAAUAAUAAAUAUAGGCCACCAAAACCAAGCUACAUUCGUGAUUCACAUCUUCCCAUCUUGCGAUUUCGCAAACGAAAAUUUGGCAAGAAUUGCUCCUGACCUUCUUCACGGUGUCGCCGACAUUGCGCACCUUCUCAUAGUAAUUGCCACAGUCUGAGCGUCAAUUUUUUUGACCAAACAGACAACCAAAUAUGAUAAAAGUUUUGAUGAGUUUGACAUACGACAUUGUCUAAAAAUGAAAGUCAGUAUUGAUUUGUAUGCUUCCAAUGGUGCCACCACCUUUGGCGAGCAGAUUCAUGUGAUAUUUAAUUAAUUUAGACGUAAUAUGAGACGCAUGAUUUUAGAAUUGACUAAGUAGAACAAAUGAAAUGAUAAUUUAAGUUGUAAUAACAUGAAGCAGCAGGGGUGGGUUUUAAAACAAUUUCUUAUGACGAUUAGUAUACUAGAUUUUUGUAUUUGCUAACAUUUCUUAUCUCAAGCAAAUCUUUCCAAGCUACAUCUUAAAAUUUUUCCUGUUGUUCUUGUAUUAAAAAUUGCAAACCAUUAUUAUUUUUAGUCCUUUGCUCAAUUUUCGCAAAUUGAUUAUUUGUCUAUAAUUUUAUCACACAUGUGAUUGAAAUUUUAAAAGCACAAGAGCAAUUUUACAGUUUUUUAAAUAAAAAAAUUAAAUACUGACUAUCUGGGUCAUUUCUUAUUAUAAUUGCUCGUGUACAAUUAUUGUUAUUAUUCCUACUAUUAUUAUUUUAUAGCUACCUCUGAUCCCCCACCUUAUGUAUCAGUACAAUGAAAAGCUGGAUUAACGUGAAUGAGACAAAUCAUUUUAAGAUAGCUACUAUUAUUAUUAUUGUUAAUUGUAGCUAAUAGAAUUGUUAUAUGGAAGAUAUUAUAUGAAAUUACAGUCACACAAUAGUAGAGUUUAGUAGUUGUAUAUUACAUCUUUAUUGUUAAUUAAACAUUUAAAAAAUGUUAGAAAGCGUUAGAUCUAGUAGAUAAAUAUAUAGUAGAGAAACAAGCCGAGAAGGACUACAAUUAUGUUAAUAAUAAUAUUACUUGUAUAUUAAUUAUGUUACGUUAACCUAUCCGUCACUAUAUAUGUUAACAGAUUAAAAUAUUUUUGUGCGUAGCAAAACAUUUUACGAUAAAAUUCUAGACAUAGUUGGUUGAUACAUGAGUAGUACCGUAACCGUAACAUUGUUGUGAUGUUCAAUUAUUUUUAUUAUUAUUAUCAUCAAUUUUUUUCACAAAGUUGAUGAAGGUUUUGUUCCGUCUCAGUUGGUAAUGAUAGACGCAUUUCAAAGUGAUAAAUAAAAUUCUCAAGCAGAUGAUUUCAUAUACGAAAAA